ACACACGCCCUUACAGUAAGUGAAAGUGAAUCUUAAGGCACAGCAGAGGCCCACAGGAGGAAAGAGACACGGAGCUCGUCGACUGGUCGAAACAUUUGACUCUUUACCUGAUUUCACUUCUAAAAACAUAAACAUGUCAAACAGCAAGAGAAUUGCCAUCCUGGGAAAAACUGGAGUUGGGAAAAGCAGCCUGGCUAACACCAUAUUUGGAGGACAAGGGUUCACGAUCGGACACACUGUGAACUCUGAAACCCAAAAAUGUCAAGCAGUAACUAAAUCUGUCAAUGGAGGAAACAUCACUUUGAUUGACAGUCCUGGUUUCUUCGACACAGAUCGAUCUGAGGAGGAGCUGAAGUCUGAAAUAGUGAGGUGCAUCACAGAGUUCGCUCCUGGGCCUCAUGCCUUUCUCAUUGUGCUCAAAGUGGAGAGAUUCACCGAACAGGAGCAGGCUGUCGUCGCUAAAAUAGAUCAAUACUUUUCUGAAGAAGUUUUACAGUUUGUGACAGUUCUCUUUACUCAUGGUGACCAGCUCCCUGAAGGACAGACCAUUGAGGACUUUGUCCGUCAUAAUAAGCAUGUGAGGGAUCUGGUGAGAAAGUGUGGAGGCCGCUGCCACGUCAUUGAUAAUAAAUACUGGAAGAACAACCAGCAGGAUGAAUACAGGAACAACCAGUUCCAGGUGAAGGAGCUCCUCAAGACAAUAGAUAAGAUGGUUGAGGAAAACGAAGGAAGAUGCUACACCAAUGAGAUGCUACAAGCAGUGGAGGAAAGAAUAAGGCAGGAGAUGCAACUCAUUAAACAGACAGCAGUAAACAUGUCAGAGGGAGAGAUCAGAGAGGAGGCGAAACAGAACGUAUUUAAGAACGUUUGUAUCGGAGUGGCAACUGUUGCAGCAGUUGUAUUAUUCGGAAGUGUUUUUGGUGUAGCAAGUGGCGCCGUUGUAGCGGCAUGUUUUGCUUUCAACAUGUUUGGAAAAUGAGGCGCAGCAGCAGCAGGUGUAAGAGCAAUUACUGGUGGAAAGUCAUAAUUGCUCUAACAGUAACAUCUGUAGUGUGAGCGGUGGCAGGAGGUCUGCAGGAUAUUGUGCAGCUGAGGGAGCAGACGCACUAUUGGAAGCAGCAGAGAGGUCAGCGAAGGUCAUCAUUGAUGGAAGCAAAUCUACUGCGGACGUAAAACAUUGUUUGAGUUAAACGACAGAGUUUAAACCUGUAAUGAGCAAAAACUCUUGGAGAGUUAGUUAAAAAGUACCUCCCAAUAAAUUGCAUGAUAAUCUUGUUCUAAACAAUAUUUAACCACAGAGUAUUAUGGUUAAUCACAUGUAAUAUGUAAUAUGGCUUAUAGUGUAAUUUACUUAUUCAUAAGAUUCAUCGUCAUUUAAGUUUCAUUCUCUUUGAUGAUUUACAAUGUCUUUCUUUUUAUUGAGCUAAGAUUGUUUUGGUCUGAUAUAUCAAUAUAUUCUUCACAUAUAAUCUCAUAUUAUUUAGUGUGAAUUGAAUGUAUUUUUCUGUCAUGUAUCAAUAUGUAAUCACAUGUUCUUUGUUGACUGAAUGGUAAGAAGAAGUAAAUAAGUGAACUCUUGGUUCACCUGA